AUGGGUUUUAUGCGAGGGGGAGGGUGCGUGGGAACGCUAGUGUAUCUUCUUCUUUCUUUGCUAGCGGUUAGAAGCACAGGCACUGUCGUGUUAAUCGGGAAGAACGUAUCACUAUCUUUCGACGAUAUUGAAGCUAACUUUUGUAAGUGAUGGCAUAUUUUGCUUCGGUACUUUGUAUUUUCCUCUUGAUUACCAAUCCUUUUUGCUCUCCUCUUUGCAAUUAAUGGUUUCGAGCCUCUAUUUUCUUCAAUUUAAUGCAUUGCGUUGUUUUUCUGCUUCCAAUUAGCGUUCUGACUUGAGCGUAUCUGUUAUAUGUAGAAAGACGAGCAAUUAACAUCGAUUGAAUUAGUAUUUUUUCUUUCUUCAUCUACGCCAAAAGAAACUUGUCUUUUAAAAUGUAAGAUGCUCGUCAUUUGGUAAAAGGCACUUAGUUAAAUAGUCUAGUUUGAUAAAUUAUCUUGCAAGAGAGCACCUAGGUAAGUCCCAAUCGGAAUUCACUACCCCUGAGCACCGCCUACCUGUGCUUUUGAACAAAUUGAUAUCUUGAAGAUGCUUAUCUCAGAUGAUUUAUCCUUUGGUUGUGUGGAUGCUAGUCCUUUGCAAGAACUAGGAACAUAGAACUGGAAGGUGUGGUUAGGUUACAGUUUCAAAAGAAAAAUGCACACAUGCGACUGGAAGGAAGAAGACUUCAAACUUAGUAUAGAAAACUAAUAUGUAUGCACGAUUUUAAGGUCAAGAAUAUGUAACUUGAACCAGUUAAGACGUGAAGGUUAGGGCUGUCCUGACGUCAAGAUAAGAAAUAUAUUGAAAUGUUAUGACUGCAUAAAAUGUAAUGUAAUCUAUCGGAGUUAUGUAGAAGAGAAGAUAUAAUACUCAGUAUCAAAGGGACUUGAGGCAUUUUAUUAUGGAGAUAAAUGUCGCAGGUGCGGCCUUAAGUGCACUAUUCGGAUGAACUGAGGUUGGCAAAGUGUUAGUCUAAUCUAUGACCUUAUAAAGCUAUAAUGGGAGCAUAAAGGUCCCCAAGGCAACAUGAACCCAAGAGAGUACUUUUGGCUGAUUCUAGUACGUAUUAUCUAAGGGGGGGAAAGUUGUUGAUAAACACAUUUGAAAUGGUGCUUCAGUUACGUAUUAUAUGUACACUUAUUUGUUGAUGACUUUUCUAUAACGACUUUUCUGUAACGACUUUUCUCCCCCUUGAAAUAUUGGUCCUCUGUGUUUGCAUGCAUGUACUCACCUGAAGAGACUGAGCAUUCCUCUGGGAAAACCAUGUUCAUUUCACAUAGGUUUUCAUAUUUUAUUCCAUAAUAUUGUUCUUUGGAACUGCCUACGUACAUUUUACAUAUAAAUUAUUCUCAAUGCCCAUGCUUUUUCUCUGCAACUCGUCUUUUUAGUGAAGUGUACAGCGUUUCUUUGCUGUUUACCUUAUUUCAGAAAAUCCAUGAUAAUUUCACGUCACGAUGUGAAUUAACCUUUGUCACUAUUAUUGUUGUCUUCUCUGGUUUCAGCACCUGCAAUAAAAAGUUCCGGUAUAUCUGGAGUUUUGUAUGUGGCAGAACCUCUUGAUGCCUGCUCUCCAUUAACCAAUAAUGUAGAAGAAGCUACCACUUCAUUUGCACUCAUUAUACGAGGAGGAUGCACAUUUGAUGAUAAAGUAAUGGCUGCACAAAAGGCAGGAUUCAAGGCCGCCAUCGUAUACGACAAUGAAGAUGGUGGUCCUCUAGUUGCAAGUAAUGUGCUUUUGGUUUCACAAAUUUGCACGUCUUUUUAUAAAUUUUCCGUGUCUUUGUUACAUCUUGAAAGGAAUGGCCUGCAGUCUUUUGCAGAUUGAAAGAUAAAAAUUGUACUAAAGUUGAUCCUGUCUUACACUGUGCAUGAAAUACUCUUCUCUUGUUUAUUUUUCUUGUGUCUGUGUUUGGCUCUUAGAUCUCAUGUUUCUGAUCGUAUCCACACAGUUGUACUUCAAAAUCGUUUCUUGGACCAAGCGCUGGUGUGAUAUGCAUACUAGUCUGCUUUUUAUUUCGUGAAAAUGCUGAUAGUUGUCGCACCUUUUUUUUGUCACUUUUGGCUACAAUUUAUCUCGAGAAAAUUCUUUUUUAAAUGAUGGAAAUAAGCUCUUUGAAUGGCGACCCAGUGAUCCCAAAUAAGUAAAUUGGUAGUGGUUCAGAAGUUCUCAUCUCUUGCAUAUCCUUUGCAUUUUUGUCUAGAUCUCCUCUUUACAUACAUUUUAGCUGGGCAGGGAAGUUUUUCUCCUUUGGCACAGUAAAGGCUCUCUUCAUAGGCCUUACAGUCAUUUCCCCCUUUUCUCUUCACUCCUACCCCCAUUAUUCUUGAUGUUCUAAACCUAAAACUUAUAGAAGUUGAUUCAUGCAUCUUAUCCAUCCCAUGCAUGAUUUUUUUUUUUAAUUAGCCAUUCGAAAACGUAUAAUAUUUUAUGGUCGACUGAUCUAUUGACUUAAUCUGGGUUACAAAUGGUCACAGUGGCAGGGAGUCCUGAGGGCAUCAGAAUACAUGCUAUAUUUAUAUCCAAAGCUUCAGGUGAGAUGCUGAAGUACUACGCAGGACGCUCGGACGUUGACCUAUGGAUCAUACCCACCUUUGAAAACUCAGCCUGGUCAAUAAUGGCUAUCUCUUUCAUUUCCCUCCUGGCCAUGUCCGCUGUUCUGGCUACGUGCUUCUUCGUGCGUAGACACCGUAUAAGGCGUGAGCGGCCCAGAGCCCCCAAUGUAAGAGAAUUCCACGGGAUGAGCAAGCAUCUGGUGAAAGCAAUGCCCAGCAUCAUCUUCACAUCAGCCCUGGAGGACAACUGCACGUCAAGAACUUGUGCUAUCUGCCUCGAGGACUACAAUGUAGGGGAGCAAAUCAGAAUCCUGCCAUGCCGUCACAGUAAGUCAACUCCUAUAACGGCCCAUCUAUUAAUUAUGCUCGUGAUUAUCUUAUUUUUUUUAGUAUUCUGGUCUCUCUUCCUACUUCGAAAAAGAUUUAUGUUGGGUAUUCUAAAUCUUACUCCAAAUCUUAUCUGCAUGAAUAAAUCGAAUACCAUAUUUAAAAACUGAUUGUUCGGUCAACGGUAUGGGGAUUUUAUUUUCUCUUUCAUCUGUAAAUUCUUCGGGAAAUAUUUCAUGUUAAGUAUUCUAAAUCUUACUCAAAAUCUCAUCUGCAUGAAGAAAUCGAAUGGCAUAUAUAAAAACUGGUUGUUCCGUCAACGGUAUGGGGAUUUUAUUUUCUCUUUCUUCUGUAAAUUCUUCGAGAAAGAUUUAUGCUGGUUGUUCUGAAUCUCAUCUCCAAGAAGAAAUCGAAUGGCACAUUUAAAAACUGGUUGUUCUUUCGACGGUAUGGGGAUCUUAUUUUCUCUCUCUUCUGUAAAUUUUUCUCCUGCCUUCAUAAAUUGAGCUCAGUGAUCUCGUACACACCUCCAUCCGGGCUCUGCGAUUCUUCUCACAUUUUCUCUCUCUAUCUCUGUCCGUGCAGAGUUCCACGCGCAGUGUGUGGACUCAUGGCUGACGACGUGGAGGACCUUCUGCCCCGUGUGCAAGCGAGACGCGAGGACCAGCUCCGGCGACCCCCCCGCCUCCGAGUCCACCCCUCUCCUCACCCCUCCGCCGCUCUCCUCUUCCCCCGCCGCCGCCGCCGCAUUUUCCUCCUUCCGUUCCUCCCCUUCCCCUUCCCCUUCCAGAGCCAUCCAGAUAGCCCACCGCUCCCCGGCCCACUCCCCGAGCCGUUCCUCCUUCUCCAGUAUCCCUCGCCACCCCUACUCUCAAAGACCCCUCUGCAACUCCCCCUCCGCCGCGGUGGCCGGCGCCGCCGCUGCCCUCACCAUGAACAGAAGCUCCGCCGACCUGAGAAACGUCCCCUCCCACCGGUCCCUGGCCUCCCUCCUCUCCUCCCCCCAAAGCUCCUUCUGGGUCUCUCCUAACGUACGCGGCUCCAGCAUCGGCUCCCCGAGCUACCUCGCCGGAUCCUUCAGCCAGCGGCAGUCGUUCCUCCGGGACGGCUCCUCCGCCAGCCUCUCCGCCCUCGCCUCCGCCCAUUCUCUCCCCGACUGCUGA